AUGCCUUUGCUGGAACUGCCGCCUGAUAUAUUCAAAGAUAUCACUAGUUUCUUAGUGGGCUCAGAAGGGCUGAAGCAUGCCGUGAAGUAUCGUGGGGUUUGCAGAACUUUCAAGCAAUACAUAACAGCAGAGUUAUACGAGCAGGCUACUAUGGUACCUCUUGAAGAGCUUUUUGGGAGCCAACAACUCAAGAAUAUCCUUCAUUCCCAGCACUUUGCUUUGUCGCAGGGUGUAAAAACGAAAAAGAGCCAGGAGUCACCACGCUUUCAGUGCACUUUCAGAAUAUGGACCAUGCUGAUCGCAUUGUGGCCCGUCUCUCUGGAGUUACGGCUGAAAGGCAAAAAGGACUCAACCGCAUUAGUACUAAUCCCAAAGAUGCAAGUCAUCACGCCUGCCAUCGCAGCAGCAUUUAACGACUCCGAUACGUUGCUUCAACACGUUAAUACCGGCUCGCACCUGCUUAAACCUGCAUGCAAAGCAUUGCCAAAUGCCCUCGAUGCUGCAACGAUCUCUGGAUGCAGCAGAUCCCUGUCUACUAUUAUCACAUGUCUUCUCAGACAAGCGAGAAGUGACAGUGCCCCGGGUCAAGGCAAGGUAUGCGAUGUUGCUCUCGCAGUUGUUAGCUCAUUACGAUUAGCUAUUCGAUUACGCAAACCAAGGGCGGCGCACGUAUUGUUUGACUAUAUAGUCGGUAACAAGAUGCUCUUACUGUCAACUUCAAACAAUCUCGCGGAUGAUUUACUCGAAUAUUGUAUAAAAUAUACCUACCUUGCCUUACUUCCAAGGGUUUUCCAUCUCAGAUACGGAUGCUUCAUUACCUCGAUAGAGGGUGCAGUCAGGAACUGGAUCGUCAAUUCUGACGAUUAUCAUCAUCUCUAUAUAUAUGGUGGUGUGAAGACUCUGCAGUUCUUUCUCAAGCACAAGAUUGUGGAUCCCAACACGCACAGCCCUUAUUCCCCUACCAGAACAGACAUCACACCUCUCAUGCUGGCUUUGAGGAACAAGCGUUAUGAUCUUGCUCGCGUCUUGAUUGAGAACGGUGCAGACGUCAACGCAAAGUCAAAAGACGGGACUGGCGAAUCAGCACUGAUGUUUGCUGUCGAACACGGAUAUUAUCAAGAUGUUCAGUUUCUUCUCGUUCGCGGGGAAAUCUCUCUCACAAAAUCUGUAUACGAUGAAGCUUACAAAAUCGCUUAUAACAAUGGUUGGGGCAGAUGUGCAAUGCUCAUUGAGAAAGCAAAGAAGCAAGGCGCUGAGUCUAUCCGACACUUGACAUUUCGGAACAGACAUGUAGACGAGAAAGGGGAGUUGCAUCUAGUGUGGUUAGGUUUGGAUGAUUAG